CUAAAAUGGAAAAACAAAUCAACGUAGAGAGUAGUGCUACUCACCAUCAGGAAGACAAUAAUGCUUCCGCAAUAACAACCUCCACCGUCGCCGCCGUCAAUUCGUCGGAAUCUUGGUCUUCUAAAAGAUAUUUAGUGCAAGACACUGAAGCCGGUGGAAAACGGCGGAAGAGAAACGGUGGCAAUGGUAAUAAGAAUCCGACUUAUAGAGGAGUAAGGAAGAGGAGCUGGGGGAAAUGGGUGUCGGAGAUUAGAGAACCAAAGAAGAAAUCGAGAAUCUGGCUUGGGACUUAUCCAACGGCUGAGAUGGCAGCUCGAGCUCAUGACGUUGCGGCUUUAGCUAUUAAAGGCAACUCCGGUUAUCUAAACUUCCCGGAACUGUCCGGUUUGCUUCCUCGUCCGGUUAGCUGCUCUCCAAAGGAUAUACAAGCCGCAGCUGCCAAAGCCGCAGAAGUCAUGUGGCAAGAACCGGUUAUAGAUGAGAAAUUUGCCAAUGAGCGAAGUCAUUCCCAGUUGUCUACAGCUCAGUCUUCUACUUCCAGCAGUUUUGUGUUUUCUUCAGACACGAUAGAUACUUUGAGUACGGACAAGGAAAGCAACGAAGAGACGGUGUUUGAUUUGCCGGAUCUUUUCAUGGAAGGAUUUUUAAACCACGACGACUCGUUUGGCUACUACGAGAGCACGACUACUUGGCAGCUUUACGGAGAGGAUGUAGGGUUCGCCUGGCUAGAUGACUAAAGUACCCUACCGUUCUUUACGUACGUACGUAUAGUUCCAUGCAUGCAUUAUGGUUUAAACUGAUUUUUACUAUCUUUUUGUUAAUUAUUACGUUUAUGUUGUUAAUUACUUUUUU